GAGUUUUGCUGCUCAAAUAGCAAAAGGUCACCCUCCCAUUUCCUCUGGGUUACAAGGAGCCAUUGCUCUUGGUGCUUUCCUGGAUUAGCUGCAGUGAUUGGAACAGUGGGGGGAGGAAGCAGAGGGACAUGUUGGCUGGACAGACCCUACUUUGCCCACUCCCCUCCCCGAGGACCAGCACAGACAGCCUGCAAAGGCCAGAGUGUAAAUGGGUGGUUCCCAGUCAUCAGCAUCCGUCUUGUGGGGAAAGGUUUCCUUGUGGCAUUGGACAGCAUGGCUCAGCAGCCCUUUCCUUCUUCCCUUCCUCUGCCCCAUUUCUCCCCAUCCACUGCCCCAUUUCCCAGGCCUUUGGCAGCCAUGAUGAAGAUCCAGCGGUUCCAGCUGCUCCUGAUCCUGGCAGUGCAGGUGCUGGUCCUCGUCUGCUUCUUAAUGGAAUUCCAAGGGAGGAAGGAGCCCCAUCUGGAAGAUGAGCAGCCCUUGCAUGUCCAUGUCCUGAUUCUAUCUACCUGGCGGUCGGGCUCCUCUUUUGUGGGGCAGCUCUUCAACCAGCACCCGGAUGUCUUCUACCUGAUGGAGCCGGCCUGGCAUGUUUGGGCCACCAUGCACCAGAACAACGUCAAGGUCCUGCACAUGGCAGUGAGGGAUCUCGUCCGCUCCAUCUUCAAGUGCGACAUGUCCGUCUUUGAUGCCUACAUGCCCGAGAAGAGGAACAAGUCUACGCUCUUCCAGUGGGAGGCCAGCCGGGCCCUCUGCUCCCCGCCGGCCUGCAGCUCUUUCCAACGUGGAGACAUCGUCACCAAGAAGGCUUGCCGACCCCUUUGUGCCCGGUACCCUUUCUCCACGAUUGAGGAGGCCUGCCAGACUUACAGCCACAUCGCCCUGAAGGAGGUCCGCAUCAUGGACCUGCGUUCCCUCCUCCCGCUUCUUACUGACCCUUCCCUUGACCUCAGGGUCAUCCACUUAGUCCGUGACCCCCGGGCAGUCUUCCACUCCCGCACCCGCAACGGCACGGCCCCUGCGCUCUCCCUGGGCAGCCGGAUCGUCUCCAGGGGAAGGGGCCUCCCAAAGGAGCCUGAGCCCUUCACUGUUAUGCGGGAGGUCUGCCACAGCCAAGUUGAGAUCUUUGAAACGCAGCGCAUCCUCCCUUCCACCCUCCAAGGCCGCUACCACCUGGUCCGCUAUGAGGACAUCGCCCGGGACCCCCUGGCCAAAGCCGCUGAGCUCUAUGCUUUUGUGGGGCUGGACUUCCCCCCCACCCUCCAGGAGUGGGUCCAUAACAUCACCCACGGCCCGGGCUUGGGCAGGGCAGCCUUUGACACCACUGCCCGGGACGCCGAGGAUGUGGCCCAAGCCUGGAGGAGUGGCCUACCUUAUGCUCAGGUAGCAAUGCUGCAGGAUAUCUGCCAGGAUGCCAUGCGUCUGAUGGGUUACCAGCAAGUGGCCUCUGAGGAGGAGCAGCAGGACAUGGGGCUGAGCCUUCUAGAUGCCCCCGAUCCACAGGGCAGGGAAGCGGCAAUGACAGCCCCCAACAGCUGAGAAGGGGGCAGUCGGAGGGAGGACGGAUGGGUGCAAGGCUCUGGCUGGACCUCCACCGAGAGCCCCCUUCCAUAAGAGGCCACAAAUAGCUCUCAGGCUCCACAAGGGAGCACUUGGGAUGGACAUGCCCUGUCUAUGAUUGCCAUGGGAAUGAAGCUCCCUACUCCCCCAUCACACUCCGAGAGGGGGUCCCAAGGAGGAUCUCUCUCCCACUCUGUCCCAUAUGGAGCAGCAGGACUCCUCCUGUCUGCCGUGAUGUUUGAUUCUUUCUGCCAGUGCAAACACUCACCUAUUUACUCUGAAAGAGGAUUUGGAGUGCCUGUGAAAAAUCAACAAAGAAACCGGAGGCGCCUUAAACACCAACAAGCGUUACUGGGCAUUAAAUCUUUUCAUAAGUAGCAGCGGUUCAUAUACAAAAGAUCCAGAGCUUAAAUUCAGGUGGAAAAACUGAGAGAAAAAAACACUGAAGGGAUGACGGUAAAACAAGAGCCGAAGUGGUGAUACCACAGCAUUUGGUCUAGGAAAAGAGUCCCUAUGGUGCAAGAAAGGGCUGGAGUGCAAACCAACAGAUGCAGAAAAGGUACAAAUGAAGCAGACAAAAGCAGAAUGGCACUUAAAGCAGCCAUCCCUGGAUGAAGAUUAUGAAUGUUUGAGCAGGGAGGGUGCGGGAAUGCCCAGCCAAAAGGGGAAGAGGUGUGAAAUAUGCCAGUCAUGAAGAAGCCAAAUGGGCUCCUGCAGGAGUACAGAUGAUGCCUGGUCAUGCUCAAUGGGUCUCCUUGUUGUCUUUGGGAUGUCCUUCCUGCAAUGGAUUAAUGUCACUUCCCCUCACUCACUCACCAGCCUAAAAAUUCCCCAAACCCACCUGGAGAGCAACAGGGCACUCCACCAAUUGAAGCAGAGAAGAGGAAAUGUGAUAAUUUCAUGUACAAUGGGUAUUUCUAGACAGCUUUAUUAAAAGGGUUC